AUGAAAAGAUGCUUCGUGGUACUUUGUCUAGGUGCCUUUUCCGACGCAAGGACCCUUCGAUUUCGCCGUGAAAAAGGAAAAGUUGAGUUACAUAAUGUCAAUGGUAGUGGGUUUAGCGCUUCGAGCCUAGCUCCUGGAAAUUCGUCCAAGGAAAGUCUUUUACUUCCAGUGUCUUAUGCCAAAAAGAAGAAACGAGACUCUGGCUCUGAUUCCGACAACCCGGAUGACCCGGAUGACCCGGAUGAAGGAGAAAGCAACACAGGUAAGGGUAAUAAAGGAAAAAAGCAUAAGAAGAAGCAUAAGAAGGGGAAGGAAGAGAAGAAGGAGGAGAAGAAGAAGAAGCAUAAGAAGAAACAUAAGAAGAAACAUAAUGCCGAAGAUUGA